CCCCUCCCCGAACAGCUCUGGGACCACUUGGACCACACGAUGUUCUUCCCCGACUUCCGACCCUUCCUGAGCAGCGGCUCGCUGGACCACGACGGCGGCAGGGACAACGAGAGGGGCCACCAAGCCCACGCCGACCUCUGGGGACCCAGCCGCCCCCCGCGGUUGCCCAUGACGCGGAGGUACCGCUCCCGGGGCAGCUCGCGCCCCGACAGGUCUCCUGCCAUCGAGGGGAUAAUUCAGCAGAUCUUCGCGGGGUUCUUCGCAAACUCGGCGCUCCCCGGCUCGCAGCACCCCUUCUCCUGGAGCGGGAUGCUGCACUCCAACCCUGGGGACUACGCGUGGGGACAGAGCGGCCUCGAUGCCAUCGUCACCCAGCUCUUGGGACAGUUGGAAAACACGGGACCGCCCCCGGCCGACAAAGAGAAGAUCUCCUCCCUCCCCACAGUGACAGUAACUCAGGAACAAGUCGAUACGGGCUUGGAGUGCCCCGUGUGUAAGGAGGACUACGCGGUGGCCGAGCAGGUGCGGCAGUUACCCUGCAAUCACUUCUUCCACAGCAACUGCAUCGUGCCCUGGUUAGAGCUGCACGACACGUGUCCGGUGUGCAGGAAGAGCUUAAACGGCGAGGACUCGACCCGGCAAGCACAGAACCCCGAGGCCUCAGCGAGCAACAGCUUCAGCAGUGAAAGCCAGCUACACGACCGAUGGACUUUCUGACCUCGGGGGCUUCCUCGGGGGGCUCUGGCCGGAGCGUUCUUACGACAGAUGUACAUUGUGUUAUAAUUCCAGCAGAGUAGCAGGAAAUAGAGGGCAGGGGAGGGCACCCACCCCGUGGUCUCGCUGCGACGAGUGCUGUCUUUGUCCUGAAACGGUAAACUCGCAUCUCCGAGCCAAUCGCGGCUCCGUCGGAAUCGCCUCUUUAAGUCCCAAAUCCAGAGUCUUUUGAGUGGUUUGACUUGAUUUUCUACCUGUGAAACGCUGCCUCUGGAGGGGCCGGGCCGGGCAGGGAGGUUUGUGGCUCUCGCGGGGACCCUGCCCGGGCCCCGGGGUCUCGGCACAGCCUCCGUGCGCAGCGGCUCCGCCGCCGGCUCCUCUUGGUGACAGAGAAACGAGAAGAUUUCCCUCCUCUGGCCCCUUCCCGGACCCCUCGAAGCGUGUGGGUGGUUUUUUUUUUCCCCUCUUCUGUUGAAUUCAGGCGCUCACGUCUGUAACCUGGUGCCCCAGGCGUUCUCCAGGGAGGCGGAGGCGUGGAGGGCUCCGGGUCAGGUCUCACCGCGGUGCCGGCGGACGCAGAAGCGCGCUCGGGGUGCCCGCGAGCCCCCGGUUCUGGGAACAGGAACGCACACGCAGGAACUUCUGGUCUCGCUGUGGACUCUCCUUCCUUUUUCUGUCCCUUCUCCGUGUGCCCGUGGCCCCAGGUCUCUCCAAACCUGCCUCUCCCCCCCAAAAAAAGUGAGUCGUUUAGGAUCCUUAGCUGGCUUUUACCAUAGGGACCACGUCCGCGGCGCCCUGCGGGCCCACGCAGCCCCCUUCUGCCGGCAGGGCUCCCCGCCGUUAACGCCCCGUCUCCAUUCUCCCUUAGUCCGGUAACUUUAAGAGAACCUCUUCAUUUUUUUGCGGAUUUCUUUCUUUGUGUUCCUUUUCCACCUCCCUAACGUCUCAUCCACGUCCCCCUCCUCGUUUUUAUCGCCCCGGCGCCGCCUGAGCCCGCGUGGCACCGCUCCGUCCCCGCUCGGCCUGGCGGGGAGAGGGAGGUCGCGCCCCGCCGCGUCGCCCCUUCGUUGCUGUGACGGUGUACUACGUACACUCGGUUUAAACCAGUGUUCUGUUUGCUAUGAAGUCAAAUAAAGGCCUUUAUAAAGAAGA